AUGACGCCUAAACAUUGCUUUCUAGGCUUCCUCGUCAGUUUCUUCCUGACUGCGGUAGCAGGAACUCAGCCAGCCCAUGAAUCUCUGAAGCCUCAGAGGGUACAAUUUCAGUCCCGGAAUUUUCACAACAUUUUGCACUGGCAGCCUGGGAGGGUGCUUACUGGCAACAGCAGUGUCUAUUUUGUGCAAUACAAAAUGUAUGGACAGAGAAAAUGGAAAAGCAAAGAGGACUGUUGGGGUAUUCAAGAACUCUUUUGCGACCUUACCAAUGAAACCUCAGACGUCCAGGAACCUUACUACGGGAGGGUAAGGACGGCCUCGGCGGGAAGCCGCUCGGCCUGGAGCGUGACACGCCGCUUCACUCCCUGGUGGGAAACAAAAAUAGAUCCUCCAGUCAUAAAUAUAACCCAAGUUAAUGGAUCUUUCUUGGUGAUUCUCCAUGCUCCAAAUUUGCCAUAUAGAGACCAAAAGGGAAAAAAUAUAUCAAUGGAAAAUUACUAUGAACUAGUAUACCGCGUUUUUAUAAUCAACAAUUCAUUAGAAAAGGAGCAAAAAAUAUACGAAGGGGCUCACAGAGUCGUUGAAAUCGCAGCUCUCACACCUCGUUCUGGUUUCUGUGUGGUGGCUGAACUGUAUCAGCCCAUGUUAGACAGAGGAAGUCAGAGAAGUGAAGAGAGAUGUGUGAAAAUCCCAUGA